AUGAACGUUAACUGGUAUGGUAUUAGUCAGGCAUUUAAUUAUACGGUAGAGCAAUUGCUUCAGUUGGGUGUGCCACCAUCAGCAAAACUUAUCUUAGAGCAAGCACAAAAAGGCGUAGGCUGUGUAAGUAAUUUAUACGGAAAUCCAUAUGCUAUGAGUGAAGAAUUUGUAUCAGUAUACCGUAUGCAUUCAUUCUUACCGGAUUAUAUUACAGUGAUAAAAACGAAAAAUAUUAAGAAUAAAAACAAGUAUGCAAAGAUUCUAUUAUCACAGUUAACAUUUAAAAAUGCUGAAAAGCAAUUAAAACGUUUUAGUAUAGAAAAUUGGAUUAACACGUUCGGUUAUACACGUUCUGGUCAUUUAGUAUUCAACAAUUAUCCCGAUUUUUUGACGCACGUAAAACUAAAUAACAAGAAGAUUGUUAAUCUAGGUGUUAUCGAUAUUGUGCGUGAUCGUGAACGAUUAGGUUUACGCUAUAAUGAACUUCGUCGUCAAUUAAAAUUGGAACCACUUAUCUCGUUUACUAAUUUAAGUGUAACAGAAGGGGAAGCAAAACAGUUAGUUAACAUAUAUGAAAAUAAUAUAGAGAUGGUUGAUGUACUAGUUGGCUUAAUGGCUGAAGCUAAUUGGCCAUUUGGUUAUGGAUUUUCGAAUACAGCGUUUCAAAUCUUCAUUAUUAUGGCAUCUCGUCGUAUAGAAACGGAUCGUUUCUUUCAAGAAUAUUAUAAUGCCGAUACUUAUACGCAGCUAGGUAUUGACUACAUUCAAAAUGAGAGUUUUAAGUCAAUAUUAUUACGUAAUAUCCCUGAUUUAGCUGAAAACUUAGCUAAUGUAAUAAACGUAUUUGUACCAUGGUAG